UAAGGCCUGCUUUAAGAGGAGAACACUCUCUGAUCUCGAUGUAUAAAAGCCAUGAAGGUUGGCAUAGCAGGAAUCAUGGUUUACUACCUCUCCAGCUCUCCAAGAUCCAAGUAAUAUUGUCUUCACAUUUCUGUCAAAGAUACACUGCCUUUCAUCAUCGCAUCCACCAUGACUAGCGAGACUACUAUCUAUAAUGUUUACCGAGUUGUUUUCAGUCAGAGCCGCGGACCAGACCACGAGGGCAUCGCUCUAGUCCCUGCCCAAAACGCAAAUCAGGGUGCUGGCAGAUUCUACCAUGUCCAAGGGGAUGUUGGGGUGGGAAUGGAUUACGACAUGAGACCAGGAUACCGUUUCGGCGAGAGUAAAUCCUACAAAAGCUCCACCUUGCAGUUUCAACUGCCAAAGACACAACUUGCACGUUUCGAAGAGAUCACACAAAAGUGUCCUCCUCCAUACGACCCCAGAGUAUUGACGGAAUCGAGUCCUGAUCCGCCCGUGCGGAAUUGCUCCAACUGGGUUGACGACGUUUUGACGGAAGCAAAAACACUGGCCUGAUCAACUUUGCACAUAUCUGUAGUGGUACAAGCAUGUUUCCAGAACUUAUUCUCAACUGGCUAAAG